CUCUCCUCUGUCUGAUCAGAAUUGGCGGAUCGCGCCCCCUCCACUGAUUUCUUUUAGGCUGUACUUUUUUUAGCAGCGGUGUCAUUGCAUGACUCGAUUAUACGUUUUCCUUAUUACUCGUUUAUUUUUUAUUUUUGUUCGCUUCAUCACGGGGUGAGGCAUGCGUAAAGUUAGACUGGAUUUUGAUAGUUUUUUUUGGCGCCGGUAGACUGCAGAGCCCCCUAUAGUCUCUCCUCUGCCCCCUCUCCUUCCCUCAUCAGCUGUGGUCAUCCUUUUCAUCCCUUUGAAUGGGCGCCAAAGUUCAUCCAAAGCAGACGUUUAUGACUGAUUUUUAUAUUUUCCAGCUGUAAACUUUGUCCAGUGUGAUGGAGCAAAGCUUCAGCCAGCGUGGUCUUCGAAUGUACUUCGUUCGGCAGUCGGAAGAGCCGUCAAAAUGUUUCACCGACGCCUUCCAGAGUUGUCAAGACAAAUUGAUACACCCGCAAAUGCUAGACGAAGAAGAGUGCGAGAAGUUGCAAGUCGACCGGAAAGUUGUUUUGGUUUUGGAAAAGUUCGAAGGCCAACUCUUCCACCGACUUUUCACAGAAUCUUCUCCAUGCACUAUUUUGGGAGCGCCUUGCGUCCAGCAGUGUUUGAGCAAAGGCGAGCCGACUCCUGAGGGACCUUAUCCAGUCUUUUCGUUGGCCAUGCAGGGCCUUCGAGUUUGCUUAUCAGGAUUCAAACCAUCGCAGAAAGAGGAAUUGGCCAACAAAGUGCGCUUCAUGUGCGGCACAUUUGAAAAAAAUCUAUCCACUGACGUGACACAUUUGGUGGCUGAAAUGACAAACACAGAGAAAUACUCUGUCGCUGUUGAGAACAAAAUUCCAGUGAUGUUGGAGACUUGGGUCCAUGAAUCUUGGGAGACCAACCAGACAAACCAUCUUUCGGCACUUGACGACCUUCUGAUUCGACUAAAAUGCCCUCCAUUUUUAGGCCUGAUAAUUUCAGUCACACAAUUCCCCAAAGCGAAGAAGGAGAAAAUUAGGGCAAUCAUUGAAAAGCAUGGUGGAAAGUACAGCCCAGAUCUGACAGCACAGGAGACGGAUGUUCUGGUUGUGUCGAACACUUCGGGCGAAAAAUAUAGAGCUGCCAAAGAGUGGAAGAUUCCUUGCGUGUCAGAGGCCUGGGUUUUGGAAUCCGCUAAAGCAGGCCACUCUCUAAAUUUUAAUUCUUACGCAGUCAAAGCACCAGCCAAAACUUCCACUCCUGAAAGAGAUGCAUCUCAAAUGGACAUUUCCAUGAUCAGCACUAUUGCUCAUGAAGUAGCAACUCGCAACCAAGCUACUAAAAUCAAUGAGACCAUGGCAUCAACUGUCUCGACCAUGUCUUUUGCUGAACCUUUGCCACCCGAGAGGAGAGAACCACCUUCCACCCCUGAAAAGGAACAUGACGCCACCAUGAAAAUCAUGAAACUUCCACUUGCUGAGGUGCGCAAAGCUGGACCUUUCCUGGAUGGAUGCAAAAUCUACGUGUCUGGUGGUUCUACUGCCUUGCAAGACAAAUUGCGAAAGAUGCUGAACAGCAGCGGCGCCACCCGCUUUGAUGAAAUUUCUGAAGGACUGACCCAUGUCGUCCUGGCUGGUCAGAGUCUACGUCCAGCCGAGGCUCAAGCUCUAGCCCAACGAAGCCGUAAGCCACCCAUCGUCCCCCUCAGCUGGCUUAUUCGAAGUUUCGAACUCAAGCACCCUGCAGAGGCUGUUGGUCAGCAAGGGCCGGAACCACCCUCGCCUCUUAGUAAGAGGGGAAUGCAGAUGUUCAAGUCUCCCCAAAAACUUAUCAUUUCACCCAGAACUGCCAAAAAUGACCUAGCUGUUGUGCAGCAGUAUCUAGAUGAUGAUAUGCCUGUCCCUCUCCCUGUGGAUAAUGCUAAGAACGAAGAAGAAGAUGACGAAGAGGAACUAGCACAGCCAAUGGCUGCACUCGGCAACGUCAAACUGCAAAUCAAGGACCUGACCAAGACUGAGGCAGCCUUAGUUCGUCAUAAAGCUGAGUCCAUGGGAGCCAAAUUUGUGGACAGCAACGCUGACUACAUCAUUGGACCUUUCAAAACACAGGCGUCCAACCCCAAACAAGUGACCCAGUACUGGCUGGAGGAAUGUGAUGAAAAAGGCGAGACAGUGCCAAUACAAUACUUUCACAGGCCAAUUCUACUUCGUCCGAAAAAGCCUUUGAAAGGCGUUGUGAUCGCCAUCAGCUCAUAUGGUGGUCAAGAGCGAGCCUACCUAUCAACACUGGCAAUUGAACUAGGGGCUGUCUAUCAAGAUGUGUUUGCCAAGAAACCAGCACCUGAUAGAAAUGCCAUAGCUUCUACCCAUUUGAUUUGCCCAACGCCAGAAGGCUCUAAGUUCAAGGCUGCAACCAAAUGGCACCUGCCAGCUGUGACAAAAGACUGGCUGCUGCAGUGCAGUGUGUCCAACAGUCACCUUCCGGAGGAACCAUUUCUUUUGACCGGACCAACUGCCCCUUCUCCCUCUGCCUCAGUUCUUUCUGCUUCGACUUCUUCCAUUCAGAAAGAUGACCUAGAUGUUGGAACGCCGGUUCGACCACCUCCAAACAUUGAUGGCUUCAAAACUCCCUUCAGCCCAGCAACUCCAGUUCUCGUUCAGGACAACAAACUUAUGGACGCAGAACGCAUUUCAAGAUUGUCUCUUGCAAGUUUUAGGAGGGAGGUGGAUAAGUUGGACCCUGGUUAUAUUUCCACCCCUGAAACACCCUAUGGUCAGGUCAAGAGUGAUGAUCCUUCACCUACUACGAGGAAAGCCUGGAAAAGAUAUCUCAAUUCCAUUCCUGACUCAAAGCGUGUUACUGACGAUUCUACUGAAACUACGCUGGUUAGUAAGAGAGCUCGAGUAGAUGACCUGGGGGAUGAAAAAUUAGGGUCAACUGACGGCGCUGAAGUUACCAUUGACAUUGACCUUGAUGAUAAACUUCUGGAGAACUAUAGCAGCCAAAAGAACGUACGAAAGUGCGAAGACCAAAACAAAGAAAAUGAAGAGGUUCCGUCAACUUCGGCUCCAUACCCAACACCCUUUGAAGAUGAAGAUAAUACUCUACAGGAUGUAAUGGAUGAUGAAGAAGAGGAAGAAGAAGAGGAGCCUGCAGAAGAACGGCCUGUUUAUCAUUUUAUGCUGACAGGUUUUGCUGAGAAGGAUCUGGACCAAAUACACAGAGUUGUGAAUAAUCUCAAUGGAAAAGUUUCUGCUACAAAAAUGUUCGACCCCGAGGCCACUCACCUGGUGACUAACGCGCCAAGCAGAAGUGAAAGAUUGCUAGGAGCAAUUGCAGCUGGUCUCUGGAUAGUUCAUCCACAAUUCCUGCUGGAGUCGGCCAAAGCCAUGGAGUUUCUAUCUGAGGAAGAUUACGAGUGGGGAAAUCCAAAGGCCGCUGGUUUCUUGGAGCCUCAAAUCGCGGACAGUCCUUUGGCCCAAGAGUUGGCAGCUGCCUGCUACCGUUGGAGGAAGACUGACAAAAAGGGCGCCUUCAAAGACUUCAAGGCAAUCUUACUUGGAGCCCCACAGAAGACGGCUGCUUUCGAACGCAUGAUUAUUGCUGGUGGCGGAGAAGUUGUCCCUUACAAAGAGGAGAACUUAAGUGGGGUGACCCACUGCUUCAUAGAUGUCAACAGGGUGAAUAUGGACUUGAGUGCUUUGAGGUCUGCAAACGUGCCAUGCUACAACCCUAUAUACUUGAGUGAUUACCUCAUCAAGAACCCACUUCCAGAUUCGAGUGUUCAUCGCAUCUAAAGGGAAGCUUUGCAUUGUUUUUUUAAAUCCUUCUUCAACUACUUUUAUGAAAUUUCCAACAAUCCUUAAUUUAUACAAGAUUCUCUUAACCUAAGUAAUUUUUUUUAUCACUAACCAACUUUGAAAAUGCUGUAUGGUGGUGCAACAUCUCAAAUGUUUAUUUUAUAUAAUAAAGUGGGACCAUAAUAUAUUUCAUCGUAGUUAUACGCAUAA